AGAGAGAGAGAGAGAGAGAGAAAGCUGGUGUAAGAGUAGGAAGGAAGCUGGACUUAUCCAGCUUUUCUUCUAUGCAUGACAUCAUACAAAAAACCAGACAGAGUCACUAUGUUCCAGAGUAAAUUACUCAUCAGUGAAGAAGAAGAAAAACUAUCACAGUUUAGCACCUAUAACAAAGCAACCAGAAACAUGAGCAUUGUCUAACAUAGUAACAUGGUAACAUUAGUCUGAGGCAUUUGGUUUUAUAAAUGUUAGUUAGCAAAGUCCUUCAUGAAAUCCUUAACAAACAGUAGCUAAUGCCUCUUUUAUAAUACUAUGGUACAUGAACAAAUAACAAGAACAGAUUACCAGACUGGAAUUUUUUUUUUUAGGAGGAAUCAAUCAUUCGAUGGUUACAGGACGUUUCAUACUCCAGUAUAUCCCAAUUCUAAGUCCUCAAAGGUGUGCCGCUACCCAGCGAUGGACACCGUCCCCCUCCUGCUCAGCAAGGUCAAACCCGAGCCCCCGGAGGACCUCCUCGCCCACGACCACCGUUUCCAGACCGAGCCCGUCGACCUGUCGAUCAACAAGCCCCGCCCCUCGCCCCCCUCCGCCACGGCCGUCACCUCCUCCCCGUCCCCCCUCACCUCCGCCUUCUCCCCUUCCUCCCUGUCAUCGUCCUCCUCUUCGUCCUCCUCCUCCCCGUCCGUCAUCACCUCUGCCUCGUCCGUGUUCACACCGGGCCCGUUGGUGGCGCCGCCGGGCAACGGGGUCAGCCGAGGUCAGCAGUUUGUCCACAUCCUGCACCCCGUCCCCCCACCUCCGUCCAGCCCUUUGAGCCUGGGGGGCGGGGUGGUCCAUGGCCCGGGCAAGAUGGCCAGCCACGUGCACCGAAUCCCAGUGGUGGUGCAGUCUCUGCCCCUGAUGUACACCACCUCCGUCCGCACCAACGCCAGCCUCAACAGCUCCAUCAUGCUACCUCUCCUGGACCAGGCUAAGCCCCACAGCAAAGCACACAGAGACCCUAACGGUCUGUCGCCAAGGCAGAUAAAGAGUGACAGUGAUGAUGACGACCUGCCAAACGUGACCUUGGACAGUGUUAACGAGACCGGCUCCACCGCACUGUCCAUAGCCCGCGCAGUCCAGGAUUCCAUGUCACCGUUCAGUAUUGAGAGCAUACGGCGCCCCAGGAGGUCGGAGUCUCCAGACUCGAAGAAGAGACGCAUCCACAGGUGUGACUUUGAGGGCUGCAAUAAGGUCUACACCAAGAGCUCCCAUCUAAAAGCACACAGGAGAACGCACACAGGUGAGAAGCCAUAUAAGUGCACCUGGGACGGCUGUACGUGGAAGUUUGCGCGGUCCGACGAGCUGACGCGGCACUACAGAAAGCACACCGGCGUUAAACCGUUCAAGUGCGCGGACUGUGACCGCUCCUUCUCCCGCUCAGACCACCUGGCCCUGCACCGGCGGAGACACAUGCUGGUUUGAGCCCUGCAGAGAGGCUCCUCACACACACACACACACACACAAACACACACACACAACACACUCACUCACACAGACGGAGCAGAGGCACACUCAAACACACAGCUGGGAGAGCGGGGUCUCUUCCCUGAAUGUGGUUCAGCUGGCCUGGACACACUCCCUGCGGCGCUGAGAGAGAAGAGGCAUGGAGGAGGGUGGAGGACAGGUCAUGUCCGCAGAGCAGAACAGAGCGGGAUCCUUGCCACCCGAGGAGCAGGCCGGAGGAUCGAUCUUUGCCGUCGUUCAGAGUUUUUAAUGGAAAACCUGUCCUCUCCAGCACUGUUCUUAUUAAAUGUUUCAUCUAGAUUUAUAAGAAGGAGUUCUACUAUUCAUUUGUUUUGGACUAAACCGCAAUUGCAUCUAUUUCCUCUUUGUUGUUAUUUUUGGUUGAUGUUUCAGAAAAAAAAAGGCUGCUUUUUUCGGGUUCAUAAUGUGAAAGACGGAUUCGAUUUAGUUGCGCGGAUGUUUUUUGGAGAGAUUGGGCUGGAUCUGGAUUGAGCUGCAGAAACAGACAUGUACCAACAGUCAGUCAGACCCAGUCAUGGACGGAAUUGUUGCAAUGUCCCCUGUCUGACUCUCUCCCAGCUACCUACUUCAACCAGCAGAGGGCGCAACCCAGUCACAGACACACCCAGGAGUACCCGAAGCUGGGGUAUUGAAGCCAGAGGCUGGGAUAGAGGCCAAUGCUCCCCAACAGGCCAGUAAUACAGAGACCAUACCAGGGCUGAGAUUUCACCCAGCCAAACGCCAGCAAACCAGCCAAUGAGAUUGAAGCAUACACCCUACAACAGGAAAAAGAACCAUCAGCUUUGUCUUGUAAAACACAUGCGGGCACAUUUCACCUCGUAGGCCCGGUUAGCACAGGUACUGUAUGUUUUGGAUAUUCGGUUGGUUUUUCAUUCAGGACUGUGAGAGCAGGUUUCUGAGAUCCAAUAACAGGGUCUGACAGAGUACCUGGUUUCAUCGUCACCAUCCAUCGUAAGUCUCUUGGAAAUGUUUUCUUAUAUUAAAAAAAAACUUUGUUGGUGCAUUUUGUGCUGUGAUUAGCAAUCAGUAAAGUGCAAUCUUAUUGGAUAAAUAUCGUUUUUUUUCAAAAUGAAACUUUUUUGUUCUUGCUGUUUAUGCCUGCUUCGAUACAUUUAUCAUUUCUGAUCCCCCAAAAUGUACAUUUAAUCUUUGAUACAAUCAUUGGAACAUAUCCGAGAAAAGACUUUGGCACCUUACAGAGUUGUGGCUUGGCUCGUAGUGAGGAUUCCUCUCGAUAGCGGGAGAUCUACUAUACGGGGCGUGACGGCUCUGUCUGAUAUCCACUGUCCACUUGGAAGACAGGAACCACACACACACAAACCCUGUGUUUGAACUGAGGGGCCCCUGACUGUAGCCCAUUAGAGUUAUGGGACCCCCCUUCAAGAGAGAACAUUUUGAACUUGGGGGGGAGGCUGUGCUAGGAGUUCUAUUCACAGAGGUAUCUAAAUAAAUAAGCCCUUACAUGUACCCUUACAUGUUAGUCUACGACUCGUUUUAACUUGUACCUGGGAAUCCGGGGUGGGUGAGUCCGACUUGUGGCAGGAACUGUGUGAAGGUCCCCUAUCUUCCUGGUCAGGACAGUGUCAGGGUUCAGUGGCUGCCGGGGACAUGUUACCACAGACUGGUCCCCUCCUCGCCUUUGGCUCAGUGGUCUAACACAGUCCAAUGGUUGGUCAGUUCCUCCAAUAGGAGAGCAAUACACACAGGACAGAGUUAUGAGAAUGGAGGCAGGUGGAAUAGAAGAAAAGGAAAUGAGUCGAAAAAGAGGGUGGUGUUUUACUGCAGACACAGUGUCUUGCCCGGGAAAGGCGUUCAAAUCAUGUGCUUGUUUCAAGCCAUCCUGUCUCCAAGCCUCUCUUCAGAUACUUCUAUAUUUGUGCAGGGCUUGCCGAUACAGCACAUGGUUCUACUCUCUCUCUGUUUACUUGUCUACAGUAGGUCGCCUCCGCUUAGUGUGCAUAAUAUGUCACAUUGACAAGAGUUCCUAAUGUCUGAAGGAAUAGAAAGUAACCUUUUGAAGCUUUUCUACACAAUCACCUUAUAGAGCACACUGAGAUUCUGCAGUGUUUGUCUUUCUUUGGCCGAUGGAGUAAGCUGUCUUCUGAGUCACACCCACUCUUCAAACAAAACAGUGUCAUGUGAGCCUCCCUGAAAUGUCAGUCACUUUUUGGAAGCUUUUGCAAUAGAUUGCAUACAGUGCUGAGGUCAUUACAGGAUUCUAUUAAGCUUGUGGUCUACAAGACAGAUGAACAGCUGUCCAGUGUACUGGGUGUUUAUUCCUUUAUUGUGGCUGUUGUUUGCCCACAGAGGAAUCCCAAAAUAACAAAUGACUCCGAUUGUAUUUACUGACAGUCAUAACAGAAACCACUUAUGCUUUGACAGACAGUUUGAUAUCAGUUUUCAAAUGAACAAUCAUCGGCAGUUUAUUUUGCUUGUGCGCUUUGGAUAGACAGUCAAUAUCUCCAUGGAGAUUCAAGUUCUGUGGGUGGAGAACACACUACGUUAACAGCUUUUAGACGUCAGCACAAAGCAAUAUGAUCAAUGUUACCUAUCAAAGCAGAACUAACUGAUUGUAUUUCCAAUCAAAUGUGACACACUGUAGACUUGAGCGCAUUUCUUAUUGUCAUUGGAAAGCACAACUUUGUUUUGAAAGAUAGCCUCACACAACAAAGAUAUAGUUGUACGCCGAUACAAUAUCUACAAUACAGGGUCAGGAGAGCUGAAACAAGGCCAGUACUUAUUGAUCACGAUACAUGAUCAGAAAGCCUAGAAAGACACAAACACAGGAAUCACUUGUUCCUCUUUGCCCUUUGACAGGUUACCUUAGCAAAAACUCAUUUAGUCAACUUGUCAAAUACACACAUAAUCCCAAUUUUGUCUCUCCUCAUCGGUAUUCUGAAGUAUUAUAAUAUAUGUCAUAUUAUGUUGUUUUGUAUGUUGCUUGUGUACAUGUGAUUAUGCCCAGUUGUAUUGCCUAUUUUGGCUCAAGCAUAUCAUCAGCACCUUGUUUGUUAUGAAGUAUGAUUUUCAAGCAAUUUUAUUUCAGAUGUUAAGUCCAUUUACACACAAUAAUCUUUGAAAUAUUUUAUUAUACAUAUACUGUACUUUCAAACAUUUAUGAAUUGAGGGGCACUUCAUCAUUGCGUAUAACUAUUUUCUGUAAAAAAAAAUGAUCUUUUGAAAUGUUGUAAUAUAUGUGGCAGUGGAAAUAAAAGAUAAAUGAAUCUCAAUUCUACAGGCUGUAAAUACAUUGGAUAAAUAGGGCUUUUGAUUAUUAGAAAGGAGACAAUACAUUUAUACGUAUAAAGUCUUUUUCAGAGACCUUAACUAAUCUAAUUUGAUACAGUAAAAUGGGGCUAUUGAUAAUGCUAAAAACUGUUUUUUUAUAUUUAGUGCAUGUGUGAAUGAUCAAAUGUCAAGUAGGACCACUCUGUUUUAUUUUGAAGUUGUUUUUAAAUUCACUUUUUGUAAUUAUUUUUCCAUUAGGCUGAACCAGCAUUCAAACUAGAGCAGAUGGUCGAUGUAACACUUUGGUCAGACACUUUAUAGUUCAUGCCUAGCCUUCUUUGACAAAAAUGAUAACAACAGCAGAAGAUAAAGUAACUUUUGAACGUGGAUAUGACAAAUCAGCAUUUUAUUAAGUUAUUCACCCAAUUUUGAUUAAUUGGCACAAUACUGUGGGUGUAAAAUUAGCAUUCCUUAAACUACGCUUUUUUUAUUUGACCUUUGAUGACUUGAUUAUGAACUGAGUGUUUAACCAAGGUGUAGUAUAUCAUCGCACCUCUACCAAAUCUUUUUACUCUUCUGUGGCAUAAUUUUGUAACGGUAACCAGGGUCAAAGUUAUGCAAUAAUAUAUAAUAGUGCCUCCUGUCACGACACUUAAGAAAGCACACACAAGAACUAUUCCAAACACAGCGGAGACACAAUUGAAAUGAUCAAAUGUAUUCCUAUCAGUGAUUAUGUUCUAGAGAGUAAAGCACAGCACAGAAACCGUUAUGCAAAAUAACAUUUCUUCAAGUAACUUUUCAAUGCACUGAGCCAUACCUCUUGUUCCAAGACAGUAUCCCCACAUUUUCUACAGGCUUUGUGAAAUACCUAAGGUAGUGGCAUUAAAUGGAUGUACUUACUCCAAUCCUUAACUUUAUUCUCUCUGUUUCCUUUCUCCAGUUAUCUGAUAUUGGCCACACCCUGUAACAAGAAAUCACCGAAUAGGGUUGACCUUUACUGGGAGUGUCAGAUUUUUUCACAACAUUUUAUUGAAGUCUGAGGAGAAGUCUUUUUUAGAAUGUGCAAUGCCCGAGAUAGCUGUCAGGACCUAGUGGAUGAAUGCUGACAGUUCUAAAUCAGUGAAAUAUUUCUUUAAUUUCGGUAUCUUGUGUUUCACACAGCUUUUAAAAUUUGACUAGUGAAUUCAAUGCCUUUCUUUCAAGUUUACUGCUAUUAUGUAGAGUAAUUGUUGUUCCUGUAUUUAUAUAAAGUGAGUGUAUUGUAAAUAUGUUCUGAGCUUUCACUAUUACUGUAAAAAUUGUGAUACUGCUCAGCGAUGCUUCAAAGGGAGAUUUUGCUCUCGGAAUUCAGCAAAAAGAAUGCAGUCCGAAUUGUUUUUCUAAAAGGGUUCAAAUGUUGCCCUUUCUUUGUUUGUUACUCUAUCAUUCUUUCUUUCUCUCUCUUUUCAUAUCUUCCUUUCUGCUCUCCAGAAGUAGUCUAUAUAUUCUGUCAGUGCUUUAUUGCUUUUUUCCCUCUGUUUUUCUCAUUGAUGGAGCAGUGAAAUAGAACCGCAUUCAAACAUUAUACUGUACAUGUAUAUUGAUAUGAAUGGGGGGCAUGAAGGCUAAUAAAGUUGCAUUUUGUACUGAACACA